CUCUAAUAUACCAGGCAGUCCAUAUGGGCACAUGAUAUGAGACAGAUACAUUCUCCUUCGAGAAGUAGAAUUAGACGAUUUUGUUGGUGCUUUAACUGUAGACUACUGACUCAACUUGGCCCGUGUUGGUCGCGGUACUAUACCCUCUCGACAGUCGAUAGUCUGAUCAAGGAACCAAGACGAUCUUGAUAGCCAGAUACGAGCCGACAUGGCGCCUUACGCUCUUUACGCUCGUGAUAAUUCUUCAUCUUCCAACUCUACUGAUUCAUCGUCGUCCUCCGACACUUCUUCCGAUUCAAGCGUCUCAUCAUUCAUGGACGCACAUGGGAAACAAGUCUAUAUCGCUCUGGCCGUAAUCGGCGUCCUCCUUCUCCUGGUAUUCAUCUGGGCUUUGUGCACACACCGCUUAUCUUUUGCUCCAUUCAAUCAGAGGCGAUGCUCUAAAUGCGGACACGGGAUUCCGAAAUCUGCCAAGUUGGACGACGACUAUUUUAAGAAUGAUGACGAUAAUGGCAAGAAAGGUGGCUACCUAUGCAGAAAAUGUCAGGAAGAGAAGGAGGACGAAGAGUUGGAAGAAGAGUUGGAAAGUGAGGGUUUGGGAAAGAAGGGGCUUAGGAAGAAGGAUGAUGCCGGUACAGGAUACGCCGGCAGAGGAGGAAGGAAGAAAAACAAGAGGAUGAAAGACUGGGAGGAUGAAGAUGAAGGUCACAACGAUUACCCGGAUGAGGAAAAACAGGUGGGGAAACAAACAGAGAUAAAGUCAACUCGAGCGACACGAGACGAUAUCCCGUCCGACAGGUCACCUAGUGUCAAGAAUGAAAAAAUGGAAAGGACCACAGCAAAGGCGGCCAAAGAUGAUUCUGGACGUAAUGACAAUAUUAGGUCAACAAGGAGACAGGAGGAGGGGCGCAGACCCUCGAGACAGAGGGGGAAAGAGGAACAACGCAAACCGCCUGUGAGGAAGAAGAGAGAAGAGAGUGAUGAUGAUGAUUACAGUGAUUAGCUAGACCUUUGAUAAAUUUAUAUCCUUUUCAGUUAUGCAUUUGCCAC